AUGGGCUAGAGUUGUGCAUCUUGUUAGAAUAAAGAUGAAUCUACUGCAGGCUAUAAUUGUAUGGAACAGAAGGAUUAGUUUGAUGAAGAAAACCUAGACGACAGUUAAGAAUUUGAUGCUAAAAGUCCUCCAUCUACAUAUCAAUGUAAAACAAUGGAAGCGGAUAUUCUGCAGUUUUAAAAGGUUAUCCCAAAAGAGAAGGAAGAGGAAAUUUUUGAGGAAAGAAAGGAACAAUAAUUGGUAUUUGAGGAUAAAUCGCGAUAUGAGGGUAGUAUAGUAAAUGGAAAGGCCAAUGGUUUUGGAAAAUUACACUUUGAAAAUGGGGACUAUUAUUAAGGUGAAUUCGUUGAUAAUAUGAUGGAAGGAAAUGGAACUUAUAAUUAUGCAAAAGGUCCUUUUUAUGAAGGGCAAUUUAAGUCAAAUAAACCAGAUGGUAUUGGGGUAGAAACUUGGCCAGAUGGAUCUGUUUAUGAAGGAGAAUUUAAGGGAGGUCGAAAACACGGAAGAGGCUGUUAUAAGUGGUAUUAAGGCUGUUUUUACAAUGGGGAGUGGAAGGAUAAUCUGAUACAUGGUAUCGGAAAAUAUGAAUGGCCUGAUGGAAGGUCUUAUUCUGGAAGUUGGGUUAAAAAUAAAAUGCACGGUCGAGGAAAAUAUAUAUGGAAAGAUGGGAAGAGUUAUGAUGGAGAGUACUAGUAUGAUAAAAAAAGCGGUUUUGGCAUAUUCCAUUGGCCUGAUGGAAAAUAGUACUAAGGUUAAUGGUUGGAUGGAAAGUAGCACGGAAAAGGAUUAAUGAUAGGGAAGGAUGGUAAGAAAAAAAUAGGGUCUUGGUUGGAAGGCAAACUGAUGAGUUCCAUUGAGGAUGACAAUUUCUAAAUUAUACCAGACGGUUGGAUUUAAGAAUGA